GAGGGCGGCAGGCUGCCGAUCAAGUGAAUGUGUGUGUGUGUGCGUAUACUAUAUAGUAAAUGUAUAAUGUAUUCGAAAGAACUAACGGUGGUUGCGGAAGAUCGUGUGGCGAAGUAAAUCUUUAGUCUUUCCGCGGCCGUGACUAAGUUAAGUUGUGCAAUUCAAGGUGUCGCCAACAAAUCGGACAAUGUUUUAAAAUAGUUGACAACCACGCAUUAAAGUGAUUUUUUCCCGAGUGAUUUGGCUUUCGCUUGCUAAACUUUGUGAUUUGGUUAAGCGCUAAGGAUUAGCAGCAUGGCAGCACGCUGUCAACUAGUUUGGCUCGCGAUCGUGGCAUUAAUUGGUGUAUCACUGGCGCAACAUGAAGACUGUGAGAAUGCUCCUUCUGCAGAACAUUCUUCUGUGAAAAUAAUCAGUGAAGAAAGCAUUGUGCGUGCCAUAUAUGAAUGUGAGGAGGGCUAUGAGUUGAGUGGUAGCAAGGAAUUGAUUUGUGAUGUGGAUACGGAUCUCUGGGAUGUCGAGCCACCAAAAUGUUCGAAAGUUGAGUACUCGAACGAGGUAAACGCUGAGCGUGCCAAAAAGAAGAAGCCACAGAAUAUCAUCGAAGACAGACGUAUUUCGGCCGAUAUGGCCGCUUCAUUGGAUAUGUCUUGUGUACAAGCGAAAAUAACGGCACCCAAUAUAAGACAUGGCUUUGUGCAGACGUACGAUCGCCGACGCAAAGGUGAACAGGUUUUUCUGGUGGCAGUCUAUGCCUGUAAUGAUAACUUCGAAUUGGAGGAUGCCGACAUAACCACAUUGUACUGUAGUCAACGUAAGUGGGUAGGCGAUUUGCCAACUUGUGUGGCGCUGGGCGAAUACACCGAUGCGGAUGAGGAAGAAUAUGAAGAAUACGAAGCUGUAGAUGGUGAGGGUGAAGGUGAGGAUGAGGAAGACGAAGAAGACGUUGCUGGAGAAUCCAUCGAUAAUCACGUAGCGCCACCACCGCCACCACCACCAGCUGUCUCGGAAGUCGUGGAGACAGAGCAUGAGAUUAGCAAUGAGAUUGAAACUGCAGUGCAUGAAAAUACUGCACAAGAAAAUGGCAACCCUGUGCAAGAAAGCGAAAGCGCUGCGCCUACCCAUGAAGAACCCGUCGUGCCGGUUACCGAUGUCAAUAUUGUUGUUGCGCCCACACAGGAUCCAUAUACGCCACGUUACCUCGACGACAAUUGCGGCGCCGACAAAGGCGGCUGCGAACACAAAUGCGAACGCUUGCUUUUCCCAGGCGAGAAUGAGCCGCGUCUCAAGUGUUCCUGUUUUGAAGGUUUCAGCUUAGACCCCAACGAUUACUCAAGCUGUCAUGACAUAAACGAAUGCCAGCUAGACAAUGGCGGCUGCGAGCAGCUUUGCAACAAUCUACCAGGCUCGUACCAGUGCGCCUGUGAGCAGGGUCUGCAAAUCGAUACGCUGACGGGCAACACAUGCAUCGACAUCAACGAAUGCGAGCAACCGGAGGUGGCGGCACAAUGCGCCGGUGGUUGUGAGAAUACACAUGGUUCCUAUCGUUGUAUACCGGCGCUGAAUACGCCUGAAGAAGGCGCGGAGAAGGCCAACGAGGUUGAAGAAGUAGAGAAAGAUGACAAGCCCGUAGAAGAAGAGGAGGACAACGCAGAAUCUGUAGACGAAAGUGAAGACGAUCAAGGCAUACGACGCAUAUCGGAGAGUGGUCCCAUUUGUCCAAAUGGUUAUCGUGCGGGCGGCGAGAACUUAGACAGUUGCGUUGACAUAGAUGAAUGUGCUGAGGGCACUAGCGGUUGCGAGCACUGCAUUAACACCGAGGGUUCUUACGAGUGCACCUGUCCCGGUGGUUAUGAUCUUGCCGAAGACGAACGCACUUGUGUCGAUAUCAAUGAGUGUGACGUGCUCGUAGAGAAUGAAGACGAUGGCGAGGCAGUGCCUACUAAGCUGUGCGCAGGCGGUUGUGAGAACACUAUUGGCUCGUUUAUUUGUACUUGUGGUGCUAAUGAGCAUCUGUUGGAGGAUCGACGCACCUGUGCGGCAGACACUUGUCAAGAUGUGAAUAAUCCACAAUUGAAUAAGACACGUUGCGCGCAUCAAUGUGUCGAUUUACCGAGUGGCGUUUAUGAGUGCGUCUGUCCAGCGGGCUACAAGUUGAGCGAUGACUUACAUAACUGUGAGGUUGCUGAAAGUGUUUGCGCCGAGGCGGGUGGCUAUGAAAGCUGUGCGCCCGGCGUUUGUGUGCCCAAUGAGGAUAACAGCGCAUUCAGCUGCGAAUGCCCUGCUGGUUUUGUGCAUGAGGCGAAUCACUGCCAAGAUAUCGAUGAAUGCGCCAACGGUUUGCACGAGUGCUCACAUGAGUGCUUCAACAAUGUGGGUUCGUAUCAAUGCGGUUGCCCGGUGGGUUUCGCUUUUGUCGAAGGCAGCAACGAACAUAUCUGUGCUGACAUUGAUGAGUGUGUGGCGUCACCGGAUGCUUGUGGUACUUUGAAUUGCGUCAAUAGACCCGGCAGUUUCUCUUGCUUAUGCGCCGAUGGUAGCGAACCCGAUGCCGAAAGCGGUGUUUGUCACAUCGCCGAUCCCUGCGAAGCGCAUCAGUGUUCACACCAAUGUAUUGCCGAGGGAGUGGGUUUCAAAUGCAUCUGUCCGGAGGGUAUGACGCUCGCUGAUGAUGGUCUGCACUGCUCGUUUAAGGAUGUUUGCGCUGGGCAAAAUAAUGGCUGCGAACAUAUUUGCAAGUCGGAGGAAGAUGGCGCUUGCGGCUGUCACAGCGGAUAUGAAUUGGCUGCCGAUGGCAAAUCAUGCGUGGACGUUGACGAAUGCGAAAUCGGAAAUGGUGGUUGUCAUCAGGUUUGCAAGAAUUUUGCAGGUUCAUACGAAUGCGGAUGUGAGGGUGGCUUCCAACUGGCUGAGGAUCGGCGUACCUGCAUCGACGUCGAUGAAUGUGCGUUGGGCAGACACGACUGCUCGCACGAUUGUGUUAAUGUGGAGGGUGGUUAUGAGUGUAUAUGUCCAGAGGGUUAUCUAUUGGGCGAGAACAAAGCCACCUGCUUGGAUGUGGAUGAGUGCGUAGGUGGCGUGCAUGGUUGCAGCCAUGCUUGUGACAAUAAAUUGGGCAGUUACGAGUGUAACUGUCCUCUAGGUCACACAUUGGCUGCAGAUAAGCGAAACUGCAUUGCUACAUCUCCUACGGAAGUUGAUGUACAUGCCAAAGAGUUUGAUUCAUUGGACACAGCUAUAAUAGAUGUUUGUUUACGAGAAAAUGGCGGCUGCUCACAUAUUUGUAAUCCGGAGACCGGUUGCGCUUGCCCCAGCGGGCUCGAACUCUCCGUUGACGGCAAGAACUGUGUGGACAUCGACGAAUGUGCUUAUAAUAAUGGCGGUUGUGCCCAUCAAUGUCACAAUACCGUUGGUGGUUUCCAUUGUCGUUGCUCGGAUGGCGUAACUCCCGAUGACGGUGUAAGUUGUGUAACACUUUGUCCGCCCGGUUUUACAGUGAGCUCUGUGGAUCCCAACAAGUGUGUGGAUAUCGACGAAUGCGCCACACCUGGACUUUGUCAGUAUAGCUGUGUGAAUACCAACGGUUCCUACGAAUGUGUUUGUCCUCAAGGUUAUGCGCUCCGUAAUGGACGCGAUUGUGAAGAUAUUAACGAAUGCUUGCUGAACAAUGGCGGCUGUGUUGGCGGUCAGUGCAUUAAUCACAUUGGGAGCUUUCAGUGCAAGUGCGCGCUGGGCUAUCGUCUAGCCAGCGAUCGUCGCACAUGCGAACGUUUGCUUGAAACGCGCGAUCAAUGUACGCCAUUCACUGCGCCGGCUAACGGUGACUUCCACUGCACGAAAUAUCGUCACAAGCGAAAGCAUUUCUAUAACACGCGCUGCAAAGUGUGGUGCAACCAGGGUUACCGCUUGGAAGGACCGACUCAUCGCUACUGCAAUGCUUCCGGCCAAUGGGAUAACUUUGAAAGCAGUUGCGUGCCUACCAUUUGUCCCCGUCUGACGCCGCCAAUUAAUGGCGAGAUCAUACCUGCUGCUUGUACAACCGGCAGUGUAGCUAUUGGUGAACGUUGUGAGCUGCGUUGUCUACAUGGCUAUGUGCCUGUCGGCUUGAGUAUUGGAAUCUGCACAGCUGAGCUGACUUGGUCAAACAACGGUACCUUUGAAUGUGCGCCAGUGGCGCCAUCACCAUUGCUACCCACCUUACCAGUUGCUGGCUCGCGUCUACUUCCUUCUAGUGGAUUUAACGACUUCUUCAGUCGACCAAUUGUACCACAAGUGAGACCACAAAGUGUGUUUGGCGGUUCCGUUGCUUCACAACGUCCUUAUAUCAAAUGUCCCCGCAAUACCACCGUUUUUCUGGCCAAUGGCGCGAGCACGGCCCAUAUUAUAUUGCAAAAUCCCAUCAGCAAUAUGGAUUAUCGUUACAUUGAGUCUUCACCGGCUUGGACGCACAAUAUGCAAGCUCAUUUAGGCGUUGGUCAACAUGUAGUGACAUUCCGCGGUCAAGAUCCCGUUUCGGGUAGACGUGCCAGAUGUCGUACAGUCAUCAAAGUGGAACGUCCUGUCUCGCCUAGCGUGAACUUUUGCACGCGCUCAUUUGAGGUAUCGUUAAGCCCGAAUCAGUUGCAACGUUCGAUAAAGUGGGAGGAACCGCGUUUCGAAAGCACACUGGGACCGCUUAAAAAACUCUACAAAUCGAGGAUACCUGGCGAGCUCUUCAAAGCCGGUGUGCACCCAGUAUACUAUGAAGCAACAAAUGAGCAAGGCAUUACCGCGCGUUGCGAAUUCCAAAUAAUUGUGAAAGAAGCUAACUCCGCAUCCGUUAAUAACUUGCCUACAUUAGAAGUAAGCUAUCCAACAGCAGUACCAACUGCUCAGGUAGCGGCCGCACCUUUGAUACGUCAACCAACUCCCAGGGGCAUACAGGCCAAAAUACUACCCGGUCACGAGUCCUUCGUUGUUUGUCCUGGUCGGGCGCCCGUUAAGGUCACCAAUUCCCAAUCUGUGACUCUAGAGUUCGGCUGCGUUUUGAAGAACAUACGCCACAAGGCGACGCGUCAUCACGCCCAUCGCCGUUUGAUCACCACAAAUUGGUCUGAUUUCACUGCCUUUUAAGCGACGAUAUAACCUAAGUUUGAGCCUUUUAUAAUGCAUUUUAUAUUAUGUACUUACUCGUUAGUUAAGUCAGCGAUGACCAGAAAUGUGUAUUUAAAAAACAACAACUUUUGUAUUUUAAUCUUAAAUUUGUA